AUGGAGCGAAACGAUGCCGUCGCCGCGGAGCGCGACGACCCCGGCGUCGGCGCCGACCGCCGGCUCGUCCCGCUCGAGAUCAAGGUUACGUUCGCAUUCACCAACGCGCCCCAGGCGCAGUACCUCAUGCACUACACCACGAUCGACGCGUGGAGCGACGGCAGCGACACGCUCGCGGGGAUCAAGCAGAAGUUUUCCGAUAAGGAGGGCGUUCCCGUCGAGUUCAUCAAGUUCAUGUGGCUCGACGAGCCCAUCGGAAGGAUCUACAUGGGCAAAAUGCCCAAGCAGGCCCGCGUCACCGAGGCCAAGACGAUGAAGGAGCUCAACAUCUUCGGUCCCGACACCUGGCUCGACGAGUUCCCCCACUGGCGCUGCCUGUGCGCGACGAUCGCCGAGGAGGAGAAGAGGGACGCCCUGGAAGAAGUUCACCGAGCCGUCGCCACGCAGAUCAAGGGGUACGAGGAGGGCCCCGAGCUGGACCGGCACAUCCAGCACAAGCGUAAGACGAAAAAAUGGAACACCCUGGUGUUCGGCGCGCCGACGCCGUACGAUUCCAGGUACCCGGAGACGAUGCCCAAGACAGGUGACGACAGGUACACCAACUGCUUCGACGACGACUGGGACAAGGACCCCGAGGAGGAGGCCGAAAAGCUCAGGCCCAAGAGCCAGCCCCAACUGGUGGUGAAGAAGGCGCCCGCGGCGGCCGACAACGCCGGCGUCCAGGCCGCCGCUCCGGAGGUGGAGGAGGAGCCGAAGAUGUCGCUCGAGGAGGUCGUCACGAACGUCUCGAGGCUGAGCUCCAAGAUGAUUGGGACCAAAGAGCUCGACGUGGACGCCCCGCUGAUGGAAUCGGGCCUCGACUCGCUCACGUCGGUGGAACUGAUCAACGAGCUCUCCUCCGCGUUCGGGGUUCAGCUGUCCGCGACGACUCCUUACGACUAUCCCACGGUCAGGGAGCUCUCCAAGCACAUCGUCGAAAAGCUUUGA